AUGCUUGCUGCUCAAGUCACAAUCUUCCACAUUUGGAAACAGAGGAACAACUGUCUCCACAACGGCACAACAAUCCCACCAUCUACCAUUGUCAAGCUCAUUGACCGUGAGGUUCGAAACGUCAUCACAGCAAGAAGGAGGAAGAAAGCGAUUUGUGGGCUUAAUGCUUCAAUGGCUCUCUUCAUUAUUUCUUACUUUUGA